CUUCGCUUUCCCUCCUGCACCCAACUCUUUACUGUCUCUCUCCUCCAUAUUUUUAUAUUCUUUUUCCCGCUGAGCGAACUCUGCCUGUAAUCGCGUCUCUCACUCUCUCUCUCUCUUCUGUUUGCCGAGGAGUUCAGUUUGAGGGUUGAAGAACAAUCGAGUGAAAAGUAUUUGCUUUUUUGGACCUCUGUGGGGAAAUCUGAACGACUGAUACAAGCUUAGCAUGUUUACUUGGCUGUAUUGCUACAUCAUUCAAGCAUGAGGUGUAAAUAUAACCUUAUUCGUCUAAUUCAUUGUAUGGAGGUAAGUUGAUUUGGAUUUUCCGGAUUCUGGAUCAACAAUGGAGUGCAACAAAGAAGAGGCUAUCAGGGCCAAAGAGAUUGCGGAGAGGAAGAUGCAAAAUAAAGACUUUCAGGGGGCACAGAAGUUUGCACUUAAGGCCCAACGACUCUAUCCUGACCUGGACAACAUUUCCCAGAUGAUUAUGGUUUGUGAUGUACACUGCUCUGCUGAGAACAAGAUUUAUGGAAUUGAAAAGGACUGGUAUAGUAUCCUCAAAAUUGAGCCAACGGCCGAUGAGGCAUCAAUCAAAAAGCAAUACCGGAAGUUUGCUCUCUUGCUUCAUCCUGAUAAGAACAAUUUUGCAGGUGCGACAGAUGCCUUUAAGUUGAUUGGAGAAGCUCAGAGGGUGCUUUUGGACCGUGACAAACGGUUGUUACAUGACAGUAAAUGUAAAGUUUCAAGGCCAGUGGCACCAAAUUGGGCCCCACAACAGGGAAGCAGUAACCAUUUUAUGAGCAAGUCUGCUUCGCCAAGCUUCAAUCCACAGCCUCAGCAGCCAAAAACACAGACUCAACCAGGGUUCGCUAAUGACCGACAAACUUUUUGGACUGUCUGUCCUUUCUGUUCUGUAAGAUAUCAGUUUUAUAGAGAUGUAGUCAACAAACUUCUUUUUUGUCAAAGUUGUAAAAGGUCCUUCACUGGCUAUGAGGCUAAGGCUCAAGCUAUACCACCAGGAACAACCCGGAGUCGGCAUCCAUUCCCCCAACAGAAAGAGGUUCCCAAUCUGGGUGCUUCUAGGGCCAAUGUUCAAGGUAAAGUGGGAUCUCAGGGAAAUGCUAGCAGUGAGAACAGAACAAGAGAGUCUAUCCUCAAGACAGGAACUUCUCAGGUUGAUAGGGAGUUUAAAGCCAAUGUGAAGUGUGGAAAUGUGGAUGUGAAAAUUAAUAAAGACGGUGAAGCUAAAUCCUCAGGAAAAGUAAAUGGUAAAAGAAGGAAGCAGGCAGCAGAAUCAAGUGGUAGUGACUCGGAAGAUAUUGUUGAAGAGAAUGGGGAUGUUCUGGCUAAAGAGGAUUUUGGAUAUUAUGGAGAGUACCCUCGGAGAUCUACUCGGUCUAAAACAAACAUUUCUUAUAACGAAAAAUUAAGUGACGAUGAUGACUUGGGGAGCUCUUCGAAGAGGGCAAAGUGCGGUUUUCAUGCUACUGGAGAUCCAUUGUUGAAACAAGGAGCACCCAAAGUGAACAAAUCAGAUAGUCAUUCUGUUUAUAUGGAAGAGGCUGUGAACAAGGUGAAACGGAAAGAAAGUGCUUUUUAUGAGGGGAACUUGCAGAAUGGGAAAGAAGAAAGGGAGAAAGGAAAUGGAGAAAUAAGGGCUACGAAGGAUAACCACAAGAGAAGCUCUGAAGCAAAUGUCGAGUCAUCAUUGAAUUCAAGCUCUAUUGUGGCAAAAGAUCCAGAAAUUUAUGAAUAUCCUGAUCCAGAUUUCAACGAUUUUGAUAGGGAUAGAAGAGAAGGAUGUUUUGCAGUUGGGCAAAUCUGGGCUGUUUAUGAUACUUUAGAUGCCAUGCCCAGAUUUUAUGCUCGAAUCAAGAAAGUGUUGUCACCUGGGUUCAAAUUGCAGAUAACUUGGCUAGAGCCGGACCCAGAUGACGAGGAUGAAAUCAAAUGGGUUGAUGAGGGGUUGCCAGCUUCAUGCGGUAAGUUCAAGUAUGGAAACUCUGAAAACACCGAAGAUCAUCCUAUGUUCUCACAUUU